CCUGCGAAACCGCAAGGGAGGGGAGAGUGGUGUCACCCGGUCUCGCUCGGCAGUGGGCUCUGGGCCUGGUAUAAGGGUCCUGCAGAGAGACAGAGGAGCAAGAAACACAGCCGGGUCCAAAGAAGCCGUUCUGACGGCAUUGCCUGGAGAGCCCUCCCCGCCCCCUAACCAGUCGCCAACCUAAACCGGACCGGCCCAGUGGGGGACGGAGCCCAGCGUCCGUGGCUCCUCCUAGCCAAUGGCGCCCCACGGCGGGCAGGAUUCCAACCAAUCGUGGCUCGCGACUGGCCUCCGGGGAGGAGCCGAGUGGCCCCCGGCUAGACCCAGAGGCCCCGGGAAAGUGAGCCGGACUCCUGCCCAGCACUGGUGGCACGCAGCGCUUCAGGCUUGCCGGAGGUAGUCGUGGCGACCCUGGCAGCAGAGGAUAUGGGAGGCUUAAAGAGGAAACAUUCUGAUGUGGAAGAGGAGGAGGAAGAUGAGAAGUGGGACUGGAGUCCAGCUGGUCUUCGGAGCUACCAGCAAGCCCUGCUCCGAAUCUCUCUGGACAAAGUCCAGCGCAGCCUGGGCCCCAGAGCACCCAGCCUCCGCCGGCAUGUCCUUAUCCACAACACACUCCAGCAGCUCCAGGCUGCCAUUCGCCUAGCGCCAGCGCCAGCCCUGCCCCCGGAGCCUCUCUUCCUGGGUGAAGAAGAUUUCUCCCUGUCUACCACUAUUGGCUCUAUCCUCAGGGAGCUGGAUACAUCCAUGAGUGAGACAGAAUCGCCUCAGAAUCCAGUGGCUUCCCCGAGUCUCCAGAAUGAAGUGAUGCCCCAGGCUGAUCCUGUGUUUUUAGAAGCUCUGAGCUCCCGGUACCUGGGCGACUCAGGCCUGGAUGACUUCUUUCUGGACAUUGACACAUCUGCAGUGGAAAAGGACUCUGCACUUCCGCCCCCAGAGCCUCCCCGAAGCCUCUUCUGUGCCCCAGGAUCCUGGGAGUGGAAUGAAUUGGAUCACAUCAUGGAAAUCAUCUUGGGAUCCUAAGACUGAUGGAGGUCCUUCCUGGCACCAGCCUCUGUGGGCUGGGUCCUUGGCUGUGACUCUUGUAUGUGUGUUUAACAGAGACUCUAAACAGUGACUAUGGCCUCCUUUCCUCCUAUGUCAGGACUCCACAAACUGCCCUGCAUGUGUGCGCGCGUCUGGUUACCCCAGCCUUCCGUGAAGGUGCGUCUGUCUUCCUGAAUUAAUUUAUCUCUUCCAAAUGCCUUAACGAGACUCUGUUUCAGGGAGUCUGAUUUCUCACUUACACAUUUCUUCUGCCUCCAGUUCCCACUGCCCUUGUGAACCCUAGGGUCUCAGGGAACACAAAACUGGACCUGUAAACCGGGGAUGGGUGAGCUGCCUCUCCAGGGAGCGGGAGGGGCUGGUCUCCUCCUGGCAGGCUGAACCUCGCUUCCUCCGCAGGACCCCAGUGGCAGAAGCCUCCUCAUUCAUAACCAGGCCGGACCAUGUGCAAUAGGGGUGGAAAGCUACCAGCUCCGUGCUAUGCUAUUUAAAAGAAAAAGAAGGCGGGGUUUGU